AUGCCGUAUAUUUUGAUUUCUACUCAAAUCCGCAUGGAAUGCGGUCCAACAAUGGUUGGUGACGGGGAAAGUGAUGCCACGUUGAUGGAGAAACUCGAGGCGAAACUCAUGAAACAACUUGGAAAUGAGUUUCAGGUUCAAACAUCUACUUUAGUUAAAGUGGCGGCAGGUGUUUUUGUGAUGGGAUCGACUGGUCUCUACCUUGCCCAAAAGUCAGUCCAAUGGAAAGUUCGAGCGUUACCGCAUUACAACGAAAGUCUCAAAAUUGUGUUCGAACACCCGAAAGCUCUUGAAGCAAUUGGAGCACCUAUUUCUGUCGGUAGCGUGGAGCUAUCGGAUCGUGCUCAUAAUUAUGUGGAUAAAACGACAAGCAGAUUGCGAAUCCCUGUAACCGGGCUUGUUGACUGUGGAUUCAUGGACGUGUUAGCAGUUCGAGAAAAUGAAAAAGAAAAAUUUGAGACUGCAAAAGUGCGACUAUACCUUAAUGACGGAGUCUUUACAAUUUUCGAUACGGGCCGGUGGAAUGAUGAAAAAAACGAAGAAUAA